UCCCUCUUUUGUUAUUUCAUCAUCAUCCUUCAUCAUCCUUCAUCCUUUCAUCCCGCCCCCUGUUCAUCAUCAUCUAUAAUAACGAACCCUUCAUCCCUCCCAAGGAUAUUACAUCGCUAUACAAACAUGCCCUCCGCAAGUAGUCUAGGCCUCACUGAGCGCCAGGCGGUCAUCCUCACCGUCGGCUUUUACAUGGUCACAGCCUUGGUCAUGGUCAGCUGCAAUAAGUGGGCACUUAAUACCAUCGAGCUGCCGUGGCUGCUGCUGUGGUGUCAGAUGCUGAUUGCCGUCCUAUUGCUCAGGGUCACAAACUACACGGGGGUGCUCAGAAUGCCCAAGAUUGAGACCCACGUCGCUCAGGCCCUCAUCCCCCUGAUUGCCAUCAACGUGCUCGGACUAGGUGUCAACACCCUCUGUCUGGUGUAUGUCGAUACCUCGUUCUAUCAGAUUGCUCGUGGAUUGGUCUUGCCCUUCACUGUCAUCUUCGCCUAUGUCUUGCUCGGACAGCCCUCUGCUCAGCUUGUCCUCGUCUCCUGCUUCAUUGUUUUCUGCGGAUUCUACACUGGAGUGACAACAGAAAUCAAUGUCUCGCACAUUGGCGUCUUCUUCGGCAUUAUCUCCUCCGUUACCACCUCGCUCCACGCCAUCGUCAUCAAAAGGUCAUUGGGCUCUGUCAACAACUCAUCAAUCGACCUCGUCUACUACAAUAAUGUCCUCUCGCUCCUCGCUACCACUCCUAUUGUGUUCUUGAGCGGUGAAAUCACCUUGGUGGCCGAACGUUUCGCGGCUGAUGGUUUCCAGGCCUUCCACAGCUUCUUGUUCGCAGCGUUCAUCACCGGUAUCUUUGGCUUCCUGGUCAACCUGGCCGGUUUCAUGCAGAUCUCAAAGACCUCACCCACCACACAUAUGAUCUCGGGGGCCGUUCGCGGGGUGUUGCAGACCCUCCUCGGCUAUUUUGCAUUCGGUGACAUCAUCACCUCAGGUCGCCUGAUUGGCAUUGUGCUGAUUCUCAGCGGCGGUGCCCUUUACACAUGGGCCAAGGACCAGGAGAUGCGGGCCAAUAUCAAGCCUACUUAUAUCCCCAUGACCCAGCAGGACGUCGAUGGCGACGAUGGUGACCACAGGGACAAGGUCGGCAAGGCGUAAAGACAGAUCCGCAAAUAGAAAGAAAAAAAAUCCAUUCAAGCGGGUAUCCAGGUGCAUCAUCACAGCAUAUUCAUUAACGACUAACAUUAGACGCCAUUCAUGACACCUUCAGGUCAUUUUGUAUCAUCUUUUUUUUCACCAUCGUUCAGUAAAAAAUAAAAUAAAGGAGAAGAACCUGCUGGUCU